AUGGCCUCCGGUCGGAAGGACUUCCUUAGCCAGCCUGCGCCGGAGAACUACGUGGCGGGGCUGGGUCGAGGUGCGACAGGCUUCACCACCCGCUCAGAUCUGGGACCGGCACGCGAAGGCCCUACGCCCGAGCAAAUCCAGGCCGCACUUGCUAAGAGAGCGCAACAACUUGGAGCGGCUCCUCCAACAGCAUAUGGCGCCGGACGUGAGAAGGGUGGGAAGGAGGAAAAAGAGGAAGAGGAAGAGGACGAGCGUUUUCAGGACCCGGACAAUGAAGUCGGACUCUUUGCAUACGGACAAUUCGAUCAAGAAGAUGACGAGGCAGAUCGCAUCUACAGGGAGGUAGACGAGAAGAUGGACAAGCGUCGGAAAAUAAGAAGGGAAGCCCGCGAACGCCAAGAGCAAGAAGAUUACGAACGUAAAAACCCCAAGAUUCAACAGCAGUUCGCGGAUUUGAAACGGUCACUUGCGUCUGUGUCCGAGGAUCAAUGGGCCAGCCUCCCCGAGGUCGGAGAUCUCACGGGGAAGCAUAGACGGACAAAACAGAACCUUCGCCAACGAUUCUAUGCUGUCCCCGAUAGUGUCAUCGCUGGCGCAAGGGAUUCCACUCAGUUCGAGGCUACAGUUGCGGAUGACGGUGCCGCUGCGGACGCACAUGGGUCCGAGGGGGCUGACGGAGCUAUGACGAAUUUUGCCGAUAUCAGUGCGGCUCGUGAUAAAGUGUUGCAAGUGAAGCUUGACCAGGCCGCCAUGGGUUCGUCUGGGGAUUCGGCCUCGGGAAGUGCGACCAAUAUCGACCCCAAAGGAUACCUUACUAGUCUCACUCAGUCGGAGGUCAAAGCUGGCGCGGUUGAAGUUGGAGACAUAAAGCGAGUUCGUGUUUUGCUGGAAUCUGUGACGAGAACGAACCCCAAACACGCACCGGGGUGGCUCGCGCUUGCGCGACUGGAAGAACUCGCUGGUCGGAUCGUGUCGGCCAGAAACAUCAUCGCAAAAGGCUGCGAGCUGUGUCCAAAGAGCGAGGAUGCGUGGCUUGAAAACAUUCGGCUUAACGAGGGCCAUAAUGCCAAGGUCAUAGCCGCAAACGCCAUCAAGAACAAUGACCGCUCCACGAGGCUGUGGAUCGAAGCUAUGCGGUUGGAAUCCGAGCCCCGUGCUAAAAAGAACGUGCUACGACAGGCCAUCCUUCACAUCCCACAGUCCGUAGCUAUCUGGAAAGAAGCUGUGAACCUGGAGGAUGAUCCCGCAGAUGCACGGCUUCUGCUGGUGAAAGCUGUUGAAAUGAUACCACUGUCCGUGGAGCUAUGGCUUGCUCUUGCUCGACUUGAGACCCCCGAGAACGCCCAAAAGGUUUUGAACGCUGCCCGAAAAGCCGUCCCUACCAGCCACGAAAUCUGGAUUGCUGCGGCCCGGUUACAAGAGCAAAUGGGAACCUUCGAGAAGGUGAAUGUUAUGAAGAGAGCCGUGCAAUCACUCGCCAGGGAAAACGCUAUGUUGAAGAGAGAAGAAUGGAUCGCCGAAGCCGAGAAGUGUGAGGAAGAAGGGGCAGUCCUCACGUGCGGUGCGAUCGUACGGGAGACUCUGGGAUGGGGUCUAGAUGAGGAUGAUGACAGGAAGGAUAUCUGGAUGGAUGACGCAAAAUCAAGUAUUGCUAGGGGCAAGUAUGAGACCGCCAGGGCUAUCUAUGCUUAUGCAUUGCGGGUAUUUGUCAACCGUCGGUCGAUUUGGCUUGCAGCAGCAGACCUUGAGCGCAACCAUGGUAGCAAAGAAGCGCAGUGGCAGGUUCUUGAGAAAGCCGUCGAAGCUUGCCCACAGAGUGAAGAACUAUGGCUGCAGCUCGCCAAGGAGAAAUGGCAGACUGGCGAGAUUGAUGAGGCUAGACGUGUGCUUGGUCGCGCCUUCAACCAAAAUCCGAACAACGAGGACAUCUGGCUGGCUGCCGUCAAGCUUGAGGCAGAUGCCCAGCAGACCGAUCAAGCCCGAGAACUCCUGGCAACUGCUCGUCGUGAAGCAGGCACAGACCGUGUCUGGAUCAAGAGUGUUGCCUUCGAACGGCAACUAGGUAAUAUUGAUGAGGCGCUCGAUCUGGUGAACCAAGGUCUCCAGCUUUAUCCCAAGGCCGACAAGCUGUGGAUGAUGAAGGGCCAAAUCUAUGAGUUGCAGAAGAAAUACCCGCAAGCUCGAGAAGCCUAUAGCACCGGCUUUAGGGCCUGCCCGAAGUCGGUUCCCCUUUGGCUGCUGGCUUCCAGGUUAGAAGAAAAGGCCGGGGCUGUCGUGAAAGCCCGUUCGGUCCUAGAUCGGGCUCGACUUGCCGUUCCCAAGAAUGCAGAGUUGUGGACGGAAAGUGUUCGUGUCGAGCGAAGAGCGAACAAUAUCGGCCAAGCGAAGGUCCUCAUGGCAAAAGCUCUACAGGAAGUGCCAGCGUCCGGGUUAUUAUGGAGCGAAAGUAUUUGGUAUCUUGAACCACGGGCGCAGCGCAAGGCGCGGAGUUUGGAGGCAAUCAAGAAGGUUGAUAACGACCCCAUUCUAUUCAUCACGGUGGCCCGGAUCUUCUGGGGUGAGCGUCGCUUAGAGAAAGCGAUGACAUGGUUUGAGAAAGCGAUUGUCUGCGACAGCGAUCUGGGGGAUGGCUGGGCUUGGUACUACAAAUUCUUGUUGCAACAUGGUACUGAGGAGAAACGAGCCGAUGUGAUAUCCAAGUGCAUCUCGACUGAGCCCAAGCACGGCGAGAUCUGGCAAUCGAUCGCAAAGGACCCGGCCAAUGCCCAAAAAUCCACCGAGGAAAUCCUGAAGAUGGUCGCAAACUCUCUGUCCUAA